UCCGCUCUAAACCGACCAAACCGAACCUCGCCGCUGCCCGCCCGACGGUUUGUUUUUGCUGUUUCUCUUCUUCAGCGAAAACGUUUGGCGGCUGCUGACCGCAACAGCGACCCCUCAGGAUCCAGAGAGAACUACAACACACAGUUACAGAAAAAAACCGCGUUUCUGUUUGUGUACAAACAACUAACGUCUCUUUCUGCCUAAUCCUGGACCAAAAUCUGACGUAACACCCUGCUGAGGUCAAAUGACAAGAAGAAAGUCGUUCAGGGUUUCAGUGACGUCUGUCACCAGGUGGCAGCGUUGCAGCCCUGAGCGGGAUUUUCACUAGAGAAGAAGAAGCAGGAGCGCAGAGUCAGGGCGGCUGCCGAGCUUCACUUUUCUACUGAUCUUUAUUUUUUGUCCUUUUAUCGGAUAAAUUUAAGCACAGCACCUGGACACGCGACACUUGCACACUGGGGUCAAAGGGCGACAUUGUGUCGGUCUGUGAGCGAGGACACCUGAGAGACUGUUCACCUGCAGGGAUUCACUGUCUGACCUCAUCGAUACCUGCUGACGAGGAGCGCUGAUACGGCUGUCAGCUGAUCCAUCAGCCUGUCUGGAAGGACUUCGGGCUGGUACCUGGCUGCGGGUGCAGAUGGGGAACAGCGCACUGAAGUCUCACCUGGAAACCUCCCAGAAGACGGGAGUGUUUCAGCUGACGGGGAAAGGUCUGCAGGAGUUUCCAGAGGAGCUGCAGAGGCUCACGGCCAACCUGAGGACGGUGGAUCUGUCCGGGAACAAGAUCGAGGUCCUUCCUGCCACUAUCGGGAACUUCCCCCAGCUCAAGAGUCUGACGUUGAACUCUAACCGGCUCGCUGGGAUUCCCUCUGAGAUCGGGAAGCUGAAGAAGCUGGAGACCCUGAGUCUGAAUGGAAACCGGAUCCAGCAGCUGCCCCCCACUGUGGGCCAGCUCAAAGCCCUGCGGACCCUCAGCCUGGCCGGGAACCAGAUUUCAGAGUUCCCCUCCGGACUCGGAACGUUGAGGCAGCUGGACUUGCUGGAUCUGUCCCGAAACAAGAUCCAGAACGUCCCUGCAGAGGUGUCCGAGCUGCAGGCCAUCGAGAUCAACCUCAACCAGAACCAGAUCUCGGUGGUGUCGGCGGAGGUCUCCCGCUGUCCCCGUCUGAAGGUCCUGCGCCUGGAGGAGAACUGCCUGGAGCUCUCCUCCAUCCCUCAGUCCAUCCUGAACGAGUCCCAGGUGUCCCUGUUCUCGGUGGAGGGAAACCUGUUUGAGGUGAAGAACCUCCGGGACCUGGAGGGCUACGAUAAGUACAUGGAGCGUUUCACGGCCACAAAGAAGAAGUUUGCCUGAGGACCCUGAUGCAGAGUCUGGAUCUGUGAGGUUCACCUGGAGGUGGGCUCGGCUGAAGCUCCGCCCCUCUUACCCCUGCACUUCCCACAGCUUCUGCUGCUGCUAGAAACCAGACUACAGCAGCCGGGACUCCUCACAGCGCCCCCCAGAAAUCCGAACCUCCACAGCAACGGUCACCAUGGAGACAGGUUUCACGACACUGAAGAAGAGGACCGGUGCCAUGUUUGACUGCAUCAAACUUUAUUGUUCACUCAGUCAUGGACAGAGAAAACAGUGGAAAUGUUUAGUUAACCUUGUAGAAACAUGCUUUGUAAAAUGUCAGCAGCCUGUUGAUUGAUUAUUAAUUAUUAACAGCUAUUAAAGCUUUUAAAGACGUUUAAAACAACGUGUGUGAAGAGUUAACAGCUGGAAGUUUCCAGAUGUUUUCUGUCUGAUUAGCCGUUUCCUCAGCUGUAAUCAAUAUAAACUACUAAUGAAGGACCUGAUCAGAUGAUCAAUAAUAAACAGAAUGAUCCUUUCA